AUGGCUUCUCUCGCUAGAUCUGGAGGAUUCGCAGUGAAAGUGGUAAGCGUACAUGCCUUGAAAACAUUCUCCAGGGCCGAUUCUUGAAAUUACUUGAAAAGCUAACUUUGUUUCAGUUAUUCUGUUUCAGAUUAGCGGAUCCCAGCCGCACGCCAACUUUGUUGCUGCCACUCCAGCUGCCGGAAAUGUCGUCGCAUUCAGAGAGGUCCCGGCCGAGUUCUCUACUGCCGAGGCACGUCAAGCCGCCGUGAGCCGCAGCACCGGAGGAGUUUUCACCAACGGACUCGCCGUUAAGGGAAUCAAUGGUAAGAUUAGAAGAAAACUUUGAUCUAUUUUUCAUUUUAAGUAACUUCCCGCCGCCUGGCUCAUACCGACGUUACCUUCCCGGACAUGACGAACUACCGCCGUGAUUCGACCAAGAACACCCAAACCCCAGCCCGUGACACCGAGGAUCAGCGUCGUGCUCUUCCAACCGCUCUCUACUACGGAGCCGGAGGAGUUCUCUCUCUGUGGGCCGGAAAGGAAGUCGUUCAAACUCUGGUCUCCUACAAGGUAAUUUUCAUUCAGACCUAAGUCUCGACAACUCAAUGUUCUAGGCUAUGGCUGCCGAUCAGCGUGCUUUGGCUUCGAUCGAAAUUAACAUGAACGACAUUCCGGAGGGACAAACCAAGACAUUCGAGUGGCGUGGAAAGCCGGUGUUCGUCAAACAUCGUACCAAGACCGAAAUCGCUAGAGAGAAGGCUGUGCCGGUCGCUGAUCUCCGCCACCCGCAGCACGAUGACGAGCGUGUGCAGAAGGACGAGUGGUCCGUCGUCAUUGGAGUGUGCACCCAUCUUGGAUGUGUUCCAAUCGGUUAGGAACACAAGAUUAUUAUAAGUUUUAAAAUUCUUCGUUUUUCAGCCAAUGCUGGAGACUUUGGAGGAUAUUAUUGCCCGUGCCACGGUUCUCACUACGACGCUUCUGGACGUAUCAGAAAGGUAAGCUGCUGAUUUCAUCUGCUUGCAGUACAAGCUCGUAAAUGACGAAAAAUCAUUCUUGCUCUGCGAGUCGUAUGGUAAAGUACUCUGACGAGGAACAAGUGAAGUUUCAACAUCGGGUUGAAGUUCAUUCGUUUUUUUUUGGCAGGGUAUAGCCAUCGUUUACGACGAUGAACAGUGUUGGCCUCUGAUACGAAUUCGACUGAAAAUCAUUAUCUUAAUUUCUAUUUUCGAAAAUUAAUGUUUCUUUUCAGGGACCAGCACCACUGAACCUUCACGUUCCGGCUUACUCCUUCAAGGAUACCACCAUCGUCAUUGGAUCGAGCUAA